AUCAUUGCGAGGCCGGUGUGUGCACACACCUUAUUUUCAAAAAGUCACAAAAUAAAUUAAGGUGGAAUUGCGUUUCAAAGAUGCAAAAUAGGCCAGUUCGUGACCGUUAAUUAUAGGGAAUAUCGGAACUACAGUUUAAUUCAGUAAAAUUGGCUAUUCCCUACGAUUGUAGCCUCUGUGGACAUAGCUAUAACAAUAUGUGCAAAUAAGAGUAGCCUAAGUUGUAGCCGAAUACUUGGCCUGUUAGUUUAGCUGUUUUCACUCUGUCUUUUCUGCGAAAGUUUAAAAUAAGGCUUGCUAAUAUGAAUGCUCAGUUUUGUUUUGUUUUAAUACAUUUUAAUUUCACUGUCUGACUUGCGUGGACUCCUACUAUUUUGCUUAACUUCCAAGUUGCGUACUUCUUUUUAAAACGCUAUGUUCACCUUAAGUAACGUGGGCGUCUCCGUUUUCUUUAACCAAUGAAUGUCCUUCUCUGUUUAAAUAGCUCUGGGUGUCAAUCAUUUUUUUCUCAGUCAGCCUGCUUUCAAUCGCCAUAUUGGGUCCUGAAAAGUCUGUUCUUCCCUCUGUUACUACAAACCGAAAUUGACAGGAGUGGGCUUUGCAAGUGCAUUUUGUUUUGAUGAUCCGUGGAGAUUUAUUUUGCUCGCGCUGCCAUAUUGACCGCUCUAUCGCAGCAAUUCAGUUUUAACGCAUGGCAUGCCUGCGUUAGGUUUGAUCUCAGUCAUUUUCGCCCGUUUUGGAUCACAUUGAAGUAGGAGUAAAAGACGUAUUUUCCGAUCGUUUGUUUGGUCCGUUUUUUCACACGCGGAAAAUGUCAAACGUUCGUCUUUCAAAUGGAAGUCCGACUUUGGAAAGGAUGGAUGCCAGACGGUCGGAUAACCCCAAACCUUCGUUCUGCAAAAGCCUGUUCGGGUCGGUGGAUCACGAAGCGUUAAGGAGGGAUUUAAAGGAACAUUUGCAAGAGAUGGAACAGACGGCGUCUGCCAAGUGGGAUUUCGAUUUUAAAAAACACAAGCCGCUCCCGGGUGGGAGAUUCGAUUGGAAAGAGGAGGAUAGCAAUAGUUUGCCUGAAUUUUACAGUAGAACGCCGCGGGCUUCGACGACGGGCAUUUGCCGUUCUGGGAAUAACAACGUGGAUCUUAACGGGAAUCAUAAUUGUGUGAUGGGGUCUCAAUAUCAAGAGAGCCCUGGAGACAGGCUUUCCGAUGAAAAAAUUGAGGAGUCGCAAAGUCAAAUGGAUUGCCGAGACCAAUGCAGCGGACAGAGGAAAAGAGCAGCAAGCCGUGAACAAUCUUCCCAAAAUAAGAGGUCACACGCCAGUUCAGAUGAAGUCGCUCGUUGUCCGGUCUUGACACAUUCAGUAGAGCACACGCCUAGGAAAACCAGUCCCAAGGCGCAGACGUAAUCAUUGUAAAGAGCUGAAGAUGUAAUUCCCCUUUUCGUUGAAAACGUCAGUGCUUGAUGAAGAGGAACUACAUUUCUAGAAAAACAAAUGCAUAUCGAGUCCCAUGGAAGGGGAUGCUGUACAAGCACUGAAUACAAACACUAAACUUCUGGCACUCAAAGUAACUGCCUCUAAAGCAGUCAAUGUAGCAGUGUGCAAUUAGGUUUCUUCCUUUUUUGCUCAUUUAUUAUUAUUAUUUUUUAUUUUUUUUUACUACCUGUGUACAUAGUAUAUUUUCAAGUGUAGCACAUGAAACUUAAGAUAAAAAAUUUCCUUUUAUAUUAAGCAGUGUGAAUUUGAUUCGACUUGAAUUGCAGUAGGUUUGUUUCCUUUUUAAAAUGCUGUCAGUUUUUUUUCUUCUCUUUUUUUUUGGAAGAUGGUGUGUCCUUUUGAGGCAAUUCAUACAAAGAAUACAUCGACGUAUACUCCGCAGGGUUUUUAAAUGUUCCCGACCAUUACGAUCCCAACCCACUUUUUGUAACCGUUAUAGCUCUUACCUAUGCCCAGGUAUAGUGCUGUGAAUAUAAGGACCUGUUUCGUCAGAGUCUUAACAUAAGGUUGUUAAAAAGUUGCAGUUCAUGAGAUCCACACUAUUUAACAUAUCCACAAGAGCAGGCACAUCAAUCCAACCGGUGAUUACAGAUGACAUUGAAACCCAGCCAGAUAUUGUAGCCCUGUUGUUUAUCCAGACUAGACAUCGAAAUGCUGUCACACAAAAUUCUGCCAAAGUUACUCUUGAUUAGAACAGCACAUAUUCCCUUGUUUAUGAGUCUGGGGAUCCAGUCUGAAGUAUUCAGCAACUGAAUGAUGGAAGGCAAGGCAUAAGGUCAAUUCACAGUAUUAAUUGUACGCAAGCCACUGGCGAGUAUGCCAAAGUGUCUUAUUCUCUAUUUAUACAUUUGUGUGAAUUUAUACAGUGCUUUCAUUUGCGUUAUGUGUCCUACUGAUUAAAUAAAUUGUGACAUCAAAAUUAUUGUAUCUGCAAAAAUUGUAUUUCCCCCCCAAAAUCAAACAUGAAAAUAUAUUUAGUUCAGUGAGACAGAGAAGGAAAACUUGGGAUGUUUUAUUAUUAUUAUUAUUUUUUUUGUCCUUGACAAUUAUAAACCAUUAAGAAUUUAAACAGAAAAUGCAUGAAUUCUAAUAUCCUUUUUUGUGGAAUUUUACCCCUGCAUUACUUAGCACUAUAUUUGACAAGAAAAGGAAAUUCUUCAUCUUUGAAAAAGGAAAUGACACUGCCUGUGUAUUUGUGUAAAACUUUGAAGUGUACCUGUGUACAUAACUUUGUAAAAACACUGAGAAAUUAUACUAACUUAUUUAUGUCAAGCUUUUUUUUUUUUUUUUAGAAGAAAAUGGGUUUGUUUAUGGUUAUCCAAAGUGGCAUUUUUUCUUCUUUUUUUUGGGUAGUUUCUCAAUGUUUUUUUUUUCUCUCUUGUUUUUUUAAUUAAACAUGUAAGGUUGCAAACUGAGCCUGAAAAUACAACGUGCAUUUUGUAACGUGUGUUUAAAAAAAAAUCGCAAUUGACUAAAAAAUAAAUUGAAAAUUGAGUAUCA